AUGGAUGGAAUCGAAGUUGUUUCAGAUUUACGGAGGAGCGCAAUCAGCUAUGGUGGGCUUGAACUCGUUUCCGAUCUCAAGAGAUGGCCCAAAAGCUAUGAUGGACUUGAAGUUGUCGUUGAACAGGGAAAGGAAGUCAAAAUAACUCGUGGCGGAUUAUAUUACGUGUCUGGCCCAGAAAGGCCGGGGUCCAGCAUACCUGAAGACGGUCUAGCAAAGGCUGAUGGCCCAAAAGAUACCAAAAGAGUAUGCGGAGUGAGGCCCAGUGUGUUCUGGCUGUUAUUAGUGAUCGCAGUCUUGAUCGUGGUGGUCGUUGCCGUGGGUGGUGGGGUUGGAGGAUCGUACUUGGCAAGCAGAGACAAAGGCAGCUCCGACCCAAGAAUGUCCGGGUCAAAUACUAGUUCCGCAAUGUCUAUCGUGACUAGAACAUCUGACGGCGGCUCCUUUCCAACAACGCUCCAGCACAAGGCCGAUUCUUCGAUGUCUAUCACGCCCAGCAUCUCUGAUAGUGGCUCCUCUUCAACAAUAUCCGACCCCAAUGAAGAUUCUACGAUGUCGAUAACAACCACAGCAUCCUCCCACUCAGAGACUUCCACCGUAACCAAGGCCUCCAAAACAUCAUCGGCGGCUGUUACUUCAGGCACUUCAGGCAUAGCUUCCAAUCCAUGCCCGGGUCAAAAUCUCACCACACUUACUGGCUCCGAUGGAUCGAUAUUUACAUUAUUAUGUGCUGUGGACUGGCCGGGUGGUAUUAAAACAGCAUAUGGGAACGGAAAGGUUGGUGACUUGACGAGGUCGACUGAAUAUACCCUGAAGUCCUGCAUCUCACAAUGUGUGCAAUGGAAUACGGAAAAUGACGAGAAAUGUAAGGGUGUCACCUACCUUGCAAAUUUGACAGCUGCAUAUGGUGGUGGACAGGACGGGAAUUGCUUUUUGAAGAAUAGUGUUGGUAAAUAUUAUCCUAAUUCGGAUACCUCCAUGGCUGCCGGGAUAUUGGGAGGCUGA